UCUAUGACUUUUAUUUUCCAACAUUACCUGACACACACAAAGUGUCAUAGACUAAAUGGGCUCACGACAAUGACCACUUCGUGAAAAUUCUACAUUUGCCAUUCGAUCUUAAAUUGCACCAUUUUGUUCUGGUUCUUUCUUCUUUCUUGUUACUCUCUAGCUCUUUACAUGGGGGCUCGUUGCUCUAAAUUCUCUUUCUGCUGGUUCCACUCCCACCUCAAGCCUUCUGUUCUUGAGUCCUCUGACCAAGAAAAUGGUGAGAAGAAUGAGAGAAAAUUGUGGCCCAGUUUUGGUGAGUUCAGUUUGGAGCAACUGAAGACUGCCACAAAUGGGUUCUCCUCCGAAAACAUAGUGUCUGAGCAUGGUGAGAAAGCUCCCAAUGUUGUAUACAAAGCAAAGCUUGAUAAUGGACAGUGGAUCGCCAUCAAACGUUUCAACAAGUUUGCCUGGCCUGAUUCUCGCCAAUUCCUAGAGGAAGCCAAACAAGUGGGGAGCCUUAGAAGCGAACGCCUAGCAAAUUUGAUUGGUUAUUGCUAUGAAGGGGAAGAGAGGCUUCUAGUAGCAGAGUUUAUGCCACAUGAAACUCUGGCCAAGCAUCUAUUUCAUUGGGAGGCACAGCCAAUGAAGUGGGCCAUGAGGUUGAGGGUCGCUUUCUACUUAGCUCAAGCUCUAGAAUAUUGCACUAGUAAAGGAAGGGGCUUGUAUCAUGAUCUCAAUGCCUAUAGGAUCUUGUUUGAUCAGGAUGGUAAUCCCAGGUUGUCCUGCUUUGGACUCAUGAAGAACAGCAGAGAUGGCAAGAGUUACAGUACAAACUUGGCUUUCACCCCUCCUGAGUACUUACGGACUGGUAGAGUGACCCCAGAGAGCGUGGUUUACAGUUUUGGAACUCUGCUGCUAGAUCUCUUGAGUGGUAAACAUAUUCCACCAAGCCACGCACUUGAUCUUAUUCGUGGCAAAAACUUUCUGAUGUUGAUGGAUUCUGCCUUAGAGGGUCACUUUUCAAAGGAUGAUGGAACUGAGUUGGUUCGUUUGGCCUCUCGUUGUUUGCAAUACGAAGCUCGUGAGAGGCCAAAUGCAAAGUCUCUUGUUACGUCUCUUAUGUCACUUCAGAAAGAAACAGAGGUCCCGUCGUAUGUUCUGAUGGGUCUACGGCAAGAAACUGCAUCCUCAACAAAGCAAUUGUCGUUAACACCUUUCGGUGAAGCCUGUUUGAGACUUGAUCUUACUGCAAUCCAUGAAAUAUUGGAGAAGACUGGUUACAAGGACGACGAAGGAAUUGCGAAUGAGCUUUCCUUUCAAUUGUGGACCAGCCAAAUGCAGGAAACCUUGAAUUUGAAGAAGCAUGGCGAUACAGCUUUUCGAGCUAAAGACUUUGUCACUGCCAUUGACUGCUACACUCAAUUCAUAGAGGGAGGGACCAUGGUGUCACCCACAGUGUAUGCAAGGAGAUGCUUAUCAUAUUUGAUGAAUGACAUGGCACAAGAAGCUCUUGGGGAUGCCAUGCAAGCCCAAGUUGUAUCACCAGAAUGGCCUACUGCUUUGUAUCUUCAAGCAGCUUGUCUUUUUAGCCUUGGAAUGGAGAAAGAUGCUCAAGAGACUCUCAAAGAUGGGACUAACAUGGAAGCCAGAAAAAACAAAAACUGAAAAAUUGUAUAGAUUUUCCUAUUUUCCCUUUUUCCUUUUCUUGUCUUGAGAAUUAUUUAAUGCCCUUCUAAAGUAGUUUAUAAUUUGUUAGGCUUUGCUUCCCAUAUCCUCUACCAUCAUUCAUUUCUUUUUUAUUUUUUUGGCUUUUGGCUUUCCGUGAUGCCCGGGAGUGAAAAUACAGUGCCUGAUUUGAAAUUUAAUACGCGUGCACCCUCUUUUUCCUUCUUUUGUUUCA